CUUACAAACAAAAACUAAUCAGAGACCAUUUAGAGCUUGCAUAUCUGUUCUAUCAGAUCCUGGGUGUUUAGCAAUUAAGAGUUAGAUUUACGGAGAUGGGUUCAAACCCCGAUGCACGGACUUAUGGCUCAUCUCUUCCAGCACCAAAUGUUCAAGAAAUAGUAAGGAGUGACCCUUUGCUGGUCCCUGAAAGAUACCUUAUUAGGAAUGAAGAAGACUUGCCAAAGUGUGGAGAUCAUAUGAGUCAAAGUCAUCUUUCUUCUGAGGUUCCUAUCAUUGAUUUCUCUCUGCUCUCAAAAGGGCACAAGGAGGAGCUUAAGAAACUUGACCUGGCUUGCAAAGAAUGGGGAUUUUUUCAGAUGGUAAAUCAUGGAGUGGCAACAGAAGUGUUGCAGGCCAUGAAGGAUGCUGCGGCUGAGUUCUUUGAGCUUGAGUUGGAAGAGAAGAAUAAGAUUGCUACGGCACCAGAGGACAUACAAGGCUACGGGCAUACCCAUGUGGUCUCAGAAGAGCAAAUACUGGACUGGUCUGACUCACUGAGUCUCUUUGUUUACCCGUCCCGGUAUAGAAUGCUCAAGUUUUGGCCAACCACACCAAAGGAAUUCAAGUUAAUUGAGGUGUAUUCUAGCGAAGUUAAAAAAGUUGGAGAGGAGCUCCUAAGGUCUCUAUCUAUAAUUAUGGGGAUGGAGAGGGACACUCUUCUUGGACUUCAUAAAGAGUUGCUCCAAGCUUUGCGGGUGAACUACUAUCCUCAAUGUUGCAUGCCUGAUAAAGUACUAGGUCUAAGUCCUCACUCGGACAAAACCUCAAUAACAAUACUUAUGCAAGAAGACAAUGCGACCGGGUUACAAAUUCGACAAGCAGGAGAAUGGGUUCCGGUGAAACCAAUUCCAAACGCUCUCGUUGUGAAUGUUGGAGAUGCUAUUGAGAUAUGGAGUAAUGGGAAGUACAAGAGCAUUGAACACAGAGUUGUGACAACCGAAAGUAAGGCGAGAUUGUCAUAUGCGUCAUUUUUUUUGCCAAAUGACGAUGUGGAAGUUGAACCAUUUGAUUACAUGGUGGAGUCGACAGGGUCCGUUCGGAUGUACAAGAAAGUCAGAUUUGGAGAUUAUCUGAGGCAAGCGUUUAAGAAGAAAAACGAUGGGAAGGCACACAUUCAGAUGGUAAAGAUUGAAAAAUUAAAACCAAGCCUUCCAUCAUAAUUGAGUUAUAAGUUUCUUAUAUUUUCUACACUAAAAACGUUUAUGUAACUAUACAUGCAUAUGCAUUUGAUAGGACCUUCACCCCUCAAGAUCACAGAAUACUAUCCCAUUUCCUUGUAAUAGCUUAGAUUCAUUUUCCGUAAAGUUAGGAAGGCCGUUAUCCUCCUUCCAGCUGGCUAGCCACAUGUCUAGGCUAGUGGAAUUGUAUAAGUACUCAGUAGUCGAGUACAGAGGUUUUCUUAUGAAUGAAAAUGUCCUUCUUUUAA